AUGUGCGCAGGAAGAGAACUGUGGCCUGAGGCAAACAAGUUGAUCUGUCUUAGUCAGCAUAUUGGUCGGCCCCCUGAGGAGAUUCCAGAUGAAGAAUGGAACAUUCUAUCUUUGCGAAAUGCCACCGAGACAUUGCAAGUGCCCAGCAUCUACUCCACAUAUUUUGGCCAAGUAGGCAGACAGCAAGGACUGGCAAAUGAAACGCUGAAACGCACCCAGCAGAAUACCGCCACGUCAACGCCACCGGCACUUGGCCUAGCGCAACGAGAGGCCCGAAGUUUCAUGAAAUGA